AUGCUAGAUGCAUCACCUGGGACACUAUGGGCAUCACUGAGGAUGCUUGGGGCAUCACCUGGGAUGCUUGGAGCAUCACCUGGAAUGCUUGAGGCAUCACCUGGAAUGCUUGGGGCAUCACCUGGAAUGCUUGGGGCAUCACCUGGAACGCUUGGGACAUCACCUGGAAUGCUUGGGGCAUCACCGGGGAUGCUUGGGGCAUCACCUGGGAUGCUUGGGGCAUCAUCUGGGAUGCUUUGGGCUCCACCUGGGAUGCUUCGGGCUUCACCUGGGAUGCUUGGGUCAUCACCUGGGAUGCUAGAGUCAUUGCUUGGGACCCUAAAGCCAUCACCUGGCUGGCAGUGGGAAGCAACCGUUACCAGUAACCGAGGAGAGGGGUAA